AUGGGGCCGAGCCGAUCGGCUUGCGGAAAAGACCAACCUUCCACGCCUUCCUCGUUAGCGACGAAGAAUAUUCCGACCGCACUCAGAGUACCACGCUUCCCCUUGCAACAACUGGCAGCAAGACACCGUCGCCAGCCACCCAAAGCACCAAAUUGUCGUCUCGCGAAUGCCCUCACUUCAACCCCACCCGUCAUUGAGAAAGUGACCGGUGCCGCCAAAGUUGGCAGAAAGGAAACCGAGCCCAACAUCGCGAACAUCGCCCCCAAGGCCCCCGCCCCAAGGCCCACUGCCCGCCCGACCUCUUCUCAUGCGGCGCUCCUCCGCGAGACCGUCGCUAGCUACUAG